AUGGCUGCCGUGGACGCGCCGGGGCUGAAGGAGGCUCACCUCCUCCGCCGGGUAUCCACCACACGGAGGCCGAGCGGGAUGGCCCUGCCCUACAGCAAGCCCCGCCACACCAGCAAGAAGCUGCAGGUCAUUAUCUGCGUGCUGUUGGUGGAGCUGUGUGAACGCUUCACCUUCUUUGGCAUAGUCUGCAAUAUGAUCCUCUUCUGCACAAUCAAGCUGGGAUACGACAACCACCAGGCAGCCAUUGUCAACCUGUGCUUUGUUGGAGCCAGCACCCUCACGCCAGUCCUGGUGGGCUGGUUUGCAGAGACAUGCCUAGGAAGGACCAAGGUUCUCUCCAUAUGCGCCCUCCUCCAUUUCAUUGGCACUGCUAUGCUUCCAGUGGUGGCGUUCCCUUUUGAGGACUUUUACAUGGACACUCACAAUAUGAUCCACCACCUGGAGCCCAGGGAGCAGCAGAUUCUCUUCUACAUUGGGCUCCUGGCUGCUGCUCUGGGCAUUGGGGGCAUCCGAGCCAUCCUCUGCCCACUGGGAUCCUACCACCUGCAGGGCUAUGACCAGCAUCAGCUCCUAUCCUUCUUCAACUGGUUCUAUUGGCUGGUCAAUCUGAAUUCCACAGUGGUGUUUCUGGGGAUCUCCUACAUCCAGCAGUCUGUGGCCAAAAAUCUAGGAUUCCUUAUUCCAUUUACCUCUGUUCUCCUUGCACUCAUUGCCAUACAUAUGGUGCGAAGCAACCUCACCUUCCGUCCAAAAAAAGGUAGUUCCUUGCUGACCACAGUGGGUGUGUUCCUGAACUCAUUGAAGAUGUGUUGCUUACAUUACCGGCACUUGAGUGGGGAUGUCCCUAGUUGGUUGGACCGUGCUAAGGAGAACAAUGGUGGCCGCUACAGUGAGACACAUGUUGAGGACGUCAAGAUCCUGGCCAAACUAUUCCCUCUUUUUGUCCUCCAGCUUCUCUACCGCACCUGCACAACACAGAUCCCGUCAGGCUACUAUCUCCAGACCAUGCACUCCAAUCUAAACGUCAACGGCUUUCUGCUGCCCAUAGCUGCCAUGAAUGUGAUUAGCAUCCUGCCGCUCCUGCUGCUCGCUCCCUUACUGGAGUUUGUGAGCACCUGCCACCUGUUCCUGCAGAAAAAACCUCUCCUUCCAGCCACAGCAAUAACUCUUGGCCACAUAUGUGCCACUCUGUCUACACUGGCGGCUGGCAUCUCAGAGAUCUACAGGAAGGAGUACCCCCAGGUGCAGCAGACCUUGUCAGGAAAGGUGUUGCAGGUGUCCUCCAUGACCUGCUUCCAGCUCACACCCCAGUAUAUUCUAUUAGGAGUGGCAGAGGCCUUGGUAACCCCAGCAUGCGCUAUCAUCUCCUUCUGUUUGACUCCGAGUCAUUUGCGUGGGAUUGCUCUGCACUUUCUGACUCUCUCAUAUGGAGGAGGAUGUUUCCUGGGUGCCCUGAUUAUCCAGCUGGUCUUUUCUGUGUCUGGCGGUGGAUUUUACCCCCGUACACUGGGUGAUGGAAAUCUAGAGGGCUUUUUCUUUAUAUUGUCUGUACUGAUGGCAAUGAACACCCUGGUCUUUUGGAAACUAUCACACAGGUACUCAGACCUGACUGUGGAGUUGGGAAAAGGAGUGAGGAGAAGUCAUCUUGCUGAAAAGCUACUUCAGUAUCAAGCGUGUUUCCGGUUCUAUGGCACAGAUAACCGCCUUGGAACUCUGCACUCUGUGGGCGCCUUAUGAACUUGUUCUGAGAAUGGCCCUGUAACGCUGGCGUUACACACACACACACCAAGCCACUGGAAAAACAUCAGUUGUUUCAGAGAGAGACGUCUCUCAAUGUUUGUGUGUGUGGUUUGGAUCCCACUCAAGUAAGACACUGAAGUCUGAGCCAGACACUGCACACUUUUUCACUAGGCUGAAGGCUAUAGUUUAGGCUACUCUCUUUACUGGAGCUGGAGUUGGAUAUCUUUAUCAUGCUCAAAAUAACCAUUGAAUAUUUUUAAUAAAUGCAAAACAUAUGUUAUUUGUUCGUCUCAAGUGAUCAUCGAAAAUACUAUUACCAUUUAUAAUUCCUAGACAGAUCACUCUGAAAACGUUAGUGUCCAAUUUCAGUUAGUCUUCUGAGAGUCUAUCAUGUAAUAAUUUAGAAGUCUACAAGAAGUCGGUAAGGAUUCCAACUUUAUAAAGAGAUUCGAGUUAUGUCUGUCUAGGAUGGAGUCUUUGUUGAAUGUACACGCCCACAUCUGCGCUCGAAGGACUCCACUUGAGAGCAAAGCGUCUGUUUUCUUGUCUCUACGGCUACAUGUGGGAAACAUGGAACUACCAGAGCAGUUAAGGCAACGAUUGGGAGGACUCACAAGAACCGUGUUUAUUGACCAGAAUCGUACGCAACCAACUCCUGAAGAUCACUCUGCUUUUCUGAGUAAAGAUGAUGAAGUUGUCUCCAGUCUUCCUCUUCAGAUGUCCCUUUACUUUAACCUGUGGUUUUUCCCUAUGUGGUGGGUAUGUGAAGUCACCAUGCUGCAUC